AUGCCGUUUAGCUACGACCAAUUUAAGCGAAAUCGCAAAGACUGGGUUGAAGAGCUUGAAAAUUACAACAAGAUAUGGUACAGGUUUCGCAAAAGCCGACAAACCAAUUGGGAGCGCAAGCAAAAUUUUCUCGAAUUGCUCCAAAGUCAGCUCAAUCAAACUUUGGAAUAUGAUUUCAGUGAAUUAACCAAAACCAGGUGUUUUGCAGUGAAGAUCCGUCAAAUAUUGGGCGCGAUCCCAAUAGCAACCGAAGAUGCAGUUAUUCGUGGAGAAGUAUUAAAUAUGAUCACUACAGCAAUUGGCCGACUCACCUUUGAUGACGGAUAUGGUGAAGAGGACAAAUUUGCACUGAGAUGGGAUAAGCGGGCAAUGAAGGCCGAUAAAGAGUGGGAUGAAAAUUCGCCAGGAAAUGGAGAUAUCGAAUAUUUCAGACGAGAACAACUUCGUCUCAUAUGGUCAUGUCUCUCUGUGAUCCUUAAGGAUUGCUAUUGCCUCCAGUGUGUUAAGCGCCGUCCUUCAGCCAAUGCAUCGGAGGCGAUUUCGAAGAGUGCCUUGGCUUUGAUGUGGCAGCGUUGGCGAAAUCUAUUUUCAGGUAUAUGA